GCCCGGGCGGCGCGGCCCGGGCCGAGCCAUCGAGCCCAAGCCCCAGGAGGGGACAGUGACCGCAGAGGCAGCCUGGGAGUCGGAUGUGGCUCAGGCAGGGAGAGCAAAGGGGUAGCCGGCCCGUCCAGGCCCGAGGUGUCUGAGAUGCCGCUGCCUCAGAAGAAGCGCUGGGAGUCCAUGGCCAAGGGGCUGGUGCUGGGGGCACUCUUCACCAGCUUCCUGCUGCUGCUGUACUCAUACGCAGUCCCCCCACUGCACGCUGGCCUGCCAUCUACGACCCCGGAGGGCACCGCGUCCUGCUCCCCGGCCCCAGAAGAGUCGGAGGCGGAGACGGCGAACCCCGCCAACGGCUCAUCAUCGUCGUCGUCCUCGGGGUGCCGGCCCCGCCGCGACAUCGUGUUCAUGAAGACGCACAAGACGGCCAGCAGCACGCUGCUCAACAUCCUGUUCCGCUUCGGCCAGAAGCACGGGCUCAAGUUCGCCUUCCCCAACGGCCGCAACGACUUCGACUACCCCGCCUUCUUCGCGCGCAGCCUGGUGCAGGACUACCGGCCGGGCGCCUGCUUCAACAUCAUCUGCAACCACAUGCGCUUCCACUACGACGAGGUGCGGGGCCUGGUGCGGCCCAACGCCACCUUCAUCACGGUGCUGCGGGACCCCGCCCGCCUCUUCGAGUCCUCCUUCCACUACUUCGGCUCGGUGGUGCCCUUCACCUGGAAGCUCUCGGGCCGGGACAAGCUGGCCGAGUUCCUGCAAGACCCCGACCGCUACUACGACCCCCGCGGCUACAACGCCCACUACCUCCGCAACCUGCUGUUCUUCGACCUGGGCUACGACAGCGGCCUGGACCCCGGCAGCCCGCGGGUGCAGGAGCACAUCCUGGAGGUGGAGCGCCGCUUCCACCUGGUGCUGCUGCAGGAAUACUUCGACGAGUCGCUGGUGCUGCUCAAGGACCUGCUAUGGGGGCGCCACGAUGACCAGUCAUCUGUAGGCCUGACAUGUGAAAGCCAGAGCGGGGGUCAUGGCUGUCCCCGGGGAGAAAUUCAGUGGCACCACCCGUUCCUCUCCACUGUGAGUUGA